UGACGAGAAACAAUGAAGCUAGUGCCAUGCCCACUUGUGAUGUGCGGUUUACUGCUAGCACACGACGUCACAAUAGUAUCCUACCUAACUUGCCAACGAAUGUCGUCGCUGUCAUUUGUCCUGUGUGGAUCGCGUCGCUUAGAUGGUAUCCAUGGGUAACAAACAGCAAUGCCAGAUCAUUACCGCCACUGCUGCUCUGUUUCUGGCAGUCGGUGGGAUUCUUCUGCUCGUCGUACCCAACAAAGACAUCAAAGACCCGCCAGAGUUUAUGUAUGGAAUAGUCCUGGAUGCUGGAUCCUCUCAUACGGCCAUGUUCAUCUACAAAUGGCCAGCAGACAAACAAAAUGGUACCGGCAUAGUCAGUCAACACAGCGAGUGUCAUGCAAAGGGAGGCGGGAUCUCCAGUUAUGCAGGUAACAGAGGAGGAGCAGCCCAUAGCCUUGAGGAAUGCAUGGGAAAAGCCAUGAAGGAGAUCCCAAAGUCAAGACACAAACUCACUCCUGUGUAUCUCGGGGCCACAGCAGGCAUGAGACUUCUAAAUAUUUCUAAACCCAAAGAGUCAGAUGAGGUUUUGAAGGAAGUGGGAGACAAACUGAAGACCUACCCGUUCAGCUUCAAAGGCGCCACUAUCUUAAGUGGACAAGAAGAGGGUGCUUAUGGAUGGGUCACUGUCAACUACCUGCUUGAGAACUACAUCAAGUAUGGUUUUGUGGGUCAGUGGCUGUCUCCAGGCAGAGACACGGUUGGUGCGCUGGACUUUGGCGGAGCUUCUACUCAGAUCACAUUUGUGACUAAACAAACAGUGGAGAACAAGGACAAUCUGAUGAAUCUGCGGCUGUACGGACAAAACUAUCUAAUUUACACUCAGAGCUUUCUGUGUUAUGGCCGAGACCAGGUCUUACUCAGACUGCUGGCACAUCUGAUGACAACUCAGGGUUCAGACAGCUCCAUAGUCCAUCCCUGCUAUCCCGCAGGUUACGAUCAAUCCAUUAAGCUGAGCAGUGUGUUUGACACCCCAUGCAAUAAAAGACCAACUUCUUAUAAACCUGAUGACAACCUGCAAAUAAAGGGCACAGGAAACUACAAUCAGUGCCUGGGAAAUGUUACUCGUCUCUUGUCUUUUAACAACUGUUCUUAUUCCAAAUGCUCCUUUGAUGGAGUCUUCCAGCCCAACAUUACAGGCAACUUUAUGGCAUUUUCUGCAUUUUUCUACACCCAUUCCUUUCUUCAGGAAGCUGCAGGCAUCACCAUCACAUCUCCAGCAGAUUUAGAGGACGCUGCCCGUGUCGUCUGCAACAUGAGCUUUCAGGAGAUGUCAAAUAAGGCUGGGAAUCAGGGAGACCGUCUGAAGGACUACUGCGCAGUCUCUGUCUUUGUGCAUGUACUCCUGGUCAAAGGAUAUGGUUUUGAUGAUCUCACCUUUCCACACAUCUCCUUCCAGAAGAAGGCGGGAGACACAUCUGUCGGCUGGUCCCUUGGCUACAUGCUAAGCCUAAGCAACCUGCUGCCUGCUGAACAUGUUUUACUGAGAAAAUCAGUGAGCUCAGGCGCCUGGAGUGUUCUGAUCUUCCUCUUUUCAGUCCUUCUUAUUAUGGCACUAUUUUUUCUGUUGCGAGCCAUCCGUAAGAAAAAGACUGAUAAUGUCAUUUAAUAAUGAUUGCGUUAUAUUGCUCCCUAUGUACAUUGUUUUGCACUGCCCCUAACAAGGAUGCUUCCGUUUACAGUACACUGAAAAAAAAUAAGGGUGCACAAAGAACUUCUGGUAUUACACUUUAUCACAUUUCAAUAACCUAUUUCUUAUCAAGCACAUUUUAUAUAAAUUUAUAUAAAUUAGAAUUUUAGAAGAGACUUGGUUUUGCGUAAAACAUGAGCACAAUGUUAUUACUGUUUCCUAAUUUUGUCGCUGAACUUAUCACUGUCUUUUCAUAAUAUUGAAUGUAUGUUUGUUUUUUUUAGGUAAGAUUGUGUACUGUGCCUUAAAGGGUUAGUUCACCCAAAAAUUAAAAUUCUGUCAUUUAUUACUCACGCUCAUGUCGUUCCAGACCUGUAAGACCUAUGUUAAUCUUCGGAACACAAAUUCAGAUAUUUUUGUUUAAGUCGAUGGCUCCGUGAGGCCUAAGUUACAUAGGGAGCAAUGACAUUUCCUCUCUCAAGAUCCAUAAAUGUACUAAAACAUAUUUAAAUCAGUUCAUGUGAGUACAGUGGUUCAAUAUUAAUACUAUAAAGCGACGAGAAUAUUUUUGGUGCGCCAAAAAAAAAAAAAAAAAAAAAAAACGAAUUAUUUAGUGAUGGCCUAUUUCAAAACACUGCUUCAGGAAGAUUCGCAGCGUAAUGAAUCAGCGUGUCGAAUCCGCAGUUCGGAGCGCCAAAGUCACGUGAUUUCAGCAGUUUGGCGGUUUGAAACGCGAUCCGAAUCAUGAUUCGCCACGCUGAUUCAUUACGCUUCGAAUCUUCCUGAAGCAGUGUUUUGAAAUCGGCCAUCACUAUAUAAGUCGUUAUUUUGUUUUUUUUGGCGCACCAAAAAUAUUCUCGUCGCUUUAUAAUAUUAAUAUUGAACCACUGUACUCACAUGAACUGAUUUAAAUAUGUUUUUAAUACCUUUAUGGAUCUUGAGAGAGGAAAUGUCAUUGCUCUCUAUGUAGGCCUCGCGGAGCCAUCGGAUUUAAACAAAAAUAUCUUAAUUUGUGUUCCGAAGAUCAACGAAGGUCUUAUGGGUGUAAAACGGCACGAGGGUGAGUAAUCAAUGACAGAAUUUUCAUUUUUGGGUGACCUAACCCUUUAACAUAAUAAAUCAGAUGCUAUUGUUUUAAAACCUUCUAGAUUUAUUUGUGAGCAAUGUUUGUGUGCUGUAAUACAAAGACAAAGGUACUGAAAAUAUUCAAAAUGGAAAAUCUUGAAAAUGUAGCUUUGCAGAUACAAGAAUGAACUUGGUUUGGAAACUGUACUAUUGCCUGCUAUUAUUCCUGCUGAAUCAUGAAUGCUUUUGUAAUACUAAAUAAGUUACUGUGUUUAUUAAUUUGUCUGUGAGACAUUUUGUAGAUAAUAACACACAGGUAACAUAAACAGAAUGCUAAAUGUUUUUGGCCGUGUCUGUUAGCUUCGAAGCCAUCUGUAUUCUAGUGUAAUCCUCAAUAUUGACAAAAUUCUCUUUUAGCAAAUAUCGAUGACUCAUCUUGUGCAACACUGCCUGCUACCAAACUGAAAGCAGCAAAUCAUGUUCAUAUCUGUGAGACUGUGACGUACAGUAAUUAAAGACUACUUGCUAUUAAAAAAAAA